AGAGUGUUUUCGCUUUCUGCACAGCAAUGAGUGCUUAGCUUCUCCUGGGAUUGCAAUAUUAGAUGCCUUCAUGGACAAACCGGCGAACGGGAAGCCUGCAAAUGAAGAAGACAACCUCGAGGAACCCGAGGAAGUGCCCAAGAACUGCGAGCCAGGUGCGAGCCGCGAGACAAUGCUCAUAGCGUUCGGCUCCAUCGAGGAGAUGGUCGAGCAGGAAAUGGACUCGAGCUUCACCGAGAAAAACGUUCCUGGCAGUACAACCAGCACCAUCAGCGAGAUCCAGGACGGAAUGCAAGAGUGCGCCGUCAACUCUGAGGACGAGGGCGAGUCCCUGGUUGAGGACGCUCCUCUACCUGAGAACACUGUGACAACAGACGCUAGCAAUAAAACAGAAGAGGUAACCAACCAGGACGAGGCAUCGACGCCUCCAGAAGAGGAAUGCUGGAACAGCAUGGAGUGGCGCUCUCAGAAGAAACAUAUUUUUAUCCUUAGCAAGGCUGGGAAGCCUGUCUAUUCGAGGCAUGGAAACGAAGACAAGUUAGCUACAAUUUUUGGAGUGAUGCAGGCUUUGGUUUCGUUUGUUGAAACAAACCAGGGCGAUGUGAUCCGCUCAAUUCACGCUGGUGAUAGUCACUUUGUUUUUCUUGUCAAGGACCACGUUAUUUUAGUGUCUGUCUCGAAGACUGGAGAGAGCGUACCUCAGCUAGUUUUACAAUUAAUGUAUGUGUACAACCAGAUUGUGAGCGUGUUGACAAAAACUCAGCUGACAAGGAUAUAUGAACAAAGGCGCAACUAUGAUUUAAGAAGGCUCCUCGCUGGUGCUGAGAGACUGCUGGACAGUCUGCUCGACUUGACAGAAAGGGAGCCGGCCUUUUUACUCGGAGCAAUAAGAUGUUUACCUCUUGCCUCGACAGUUCGAGACCAAAUUUCCAACACCAUCUCCAGCAUGUGCUGCAAAAUUAAGAAUUUGGUUUUUGCCAUACUUUUGGCCAACAACCAACUCAUCACUUUAGUCCGCAUGAAGAAAUACAUAAUUCACCCCCUGGACUUGCACCUGAUUUUCAACCUCGUCAAUUCCUCUGAAUCCUUCAAGACGGCAGAGAGUUGGACCCCGAUUUGCCUCCCCAAAUUCGAUGCUAGUGGAUAUUUGCAUGGUCACGUUUCCUACUUAGCCGACGAUUGCCAAGCUUGCCUUCUUCUGCUCACCGUUGACCGAGACGCAUUUUUCACUUUAUCAGAAGCCAAGCAGAAAAUUUCUGAGCGACUGAGGAGAAACAACUGUUUGGAAGCGAUCAACCAGUCGGUGUGCAGUGAAGGCUUGACCAUCGAACAAGUUGGCGUCCCGGAGCUGAGGCACUUCCUUUACAAAGCAAUCUCGACUGCUCAGUUCACAAGCCCUGCCCUGCAAGUGCCCUACCACACGAAGGAGAAUGCCGAAAGGCUAAUGAGCCAGUAUCAAGCCCUGCAUCACAGGCUGCAUAGCCCUUCUAGGCCGUUGAAAUUGCUGUUUUACCAGCUGGAGACUGAUGCUAUGCUUGGAUGGGUGACGAGUGGAUUUGAGUUGUACGCUGCUUUUGAGCCUUUGGUAACAAAAUUAAAUGCUAUCAAUGCUGUCAACAAAUUGCUACGAUGGAUGAAGAAAGAAGAGGAUAGACUUUUUAGUCUCAAUGCACCAACAUUUUGAAGAACGGUGGAUUUUAUAGUUUCCUAUACUUGUGAUUUUUUCAUUCCAUGUUCAGUUUUGGAAGGUUGCAAUAACACACGUGCCAAAAGAGAACAACAAAAAAUGUCAACUCUUCCAUUAAUGACUAAAAAAGUAUUUCUAUGUUCUUUUUGUGGCAGUCUGAAACUCUGGAUGAGGCAGCUCGAUAUUGAGCAUUAUGAAGACAGUUUGUUUAUUGUUAAAUUUGUUACUCGCCAAUAAAUUAUGAUUUUAAAUCCAUGGA